AUGAUUGAUUUUCGUGAUGCUCUGGAAGUUUGUGGAUUGGGUGAUCUUGGUUUUGCAGGGCUGCCCUACACAUAUGAUAAUAAACGUGCUGGACGUGCAAACGUCAAGGUCCGCCUUGAUCGGGCGGUUGCAACCAAUGCUUGGCGGGAUUUGUUUGAAUAUGCUAAGGUGGACCACCUGGUGGCACCUAGCUCGGAUCAUCUUCCUAUCCUGAUCCGGUGCUCGCGAGAGGAACCAAUGCAAGCUGCUGGCAGGAGGUUUCGGCAAUAUGAAGUCAUGUGGGAAAGGGAGCCUUCGCUCCCGGAGGUAAUUAUGAAAACUUGGACAGACCUGGGUUCUAUGCUUAAUCUUGGUGACAUUUCCUCUGGUUUGGGUAAUUUGAUGAAGAAGCUGCAGGAUUGGAGCCGGAGAAAAUUCGGUAAUGUCAUUAAGGAGAUUAACAAGUCUCGAUCACGGCUCGAGGAGCUUCUGUCCAUGAAUGCAGAUAGGAAGGAAAUACGGGAGGCGACAGAUAGCCUCAACGAGCUCCUGUACCGCGAAGAGAUGAUGUGGAUGCAACGAUCGCGGGUGGCGUGGUUGAAGGAAGGGGACCGUAAUACCAAAUUCUUCCACAGGAAGGCCAAAUGGCGUGCUAGAAAGAACCGCAUAAAGAAGCUACUUGAUGCUACAGGAAUCGCCCAUAGUGAUCAUGGAACUAUGGCGGCGAUGGUCUCAGAUUAUUUCUCUGCGCUGUUUAUUGCGGACGAGACCAUUUGUCCGGACCCGGUUAUUGAUUUAAUCAACACUCGUGUUACUGACCGCAUGAAUGUUGGGUUGUGCGCAGAUUUUUCCGACAAGGAGAUCGCUGAUGCCUUGUUCCAGAUUGGCCCCUUGAAGGCACCGGGACCGGAUGGAUUUCCCGCUCGUUUCUUUCAAAGGAACUGGGAGGUGAUGAGGGAUCAAGUCAUUGCUGGCGUGAAGGAGUUCUUUCGAACGGGCAUUAUGCCGGAGGGGGUGAAUGACACGGCCAUAGUACUCAUUCCCAAGGUGGACAGCCCGGAAAGAGUGUCUGAGUUCAGGCCCAUCAGCUUGUGUAAUGUCAUCUACAAGGUGGUGGCUAAAUGUCUGGGUGGACUGGAUCUUCUUGGAGCGAAUGAUGCAAAAGAUGGGUUUCGCUCACCGAUGGGUGAACUGGAUUAUGUCAUGCGUCACCUCGAUGAGAUACACUGGGAAGAAAAUGGAGACUUUACCCCACUAAAGGUGUGCCGCAGAGCUCCUGGCGUGUCCCAUCUACUUUUUGCAGAUGACACUCUACUCUUUUUCAAAGCUGAAGAGGAGCAAGCAAGGAAUGUGAAGCAGGUCCUGCAUGCUUAUGAGAGGGCCACGGGCCAGAGUAUUAAUCCGGCAAAAUGCAGCGCCUUAUUUGGUGAUGCGUGUCCAAGUGAAGAGCAACAGAAAGUACGUGCAGUUCUUAAUAUUGUGACAGAUCUGUUUGAGGACAAAUACUUGGGGUUACCUACACCGGAGGGCCGCAUGUCUCGUGGGAAGUUUCAAAACUUGCAGUCCAGAUUGUUGAAGAGAAUCAUAGCAUGGGGAGAUACGCUAUCCUUGGCUGGAAAGGAGACGAUGAUCAAAGCCAUUGCGCAGGCUAUACCAACGUAUGUAAUGGGGGUGUUUAAGCUACUAAUGUCUGUAUGUGAUGACCUCAACCGUAUGGUCCGGAACUUCUGGUGGGGUGCAUCGGAAGGGAAGAGGAAGACACAUUGGCUGGCAUGGCCAAAGAUCUUGGCGCACAAAACUCAGGGCGGGCUGGGUUUCCGCGAUUUUCGCGCCUUCAACCAGGCCCUCCUCGCCCGGCAGGCGUGGCGCUUACUAAUUAAUCCUCAUAGCUUAUGUGCGCAGGUGCUCAAGGCGAGGUACUACCCCGAGGGCCGCCUCGAGGAUACAGUCUUCUCCGGCAACGCCUCCCCUACGUGGCAGGCCAUUCAAUAUGGCCUCGAGCUUCUCAAGAAGGGCCUCGUCUGGCGUGUAGGGGAUGGCCGAAACAUUCGGAUUUGGCGAGAUCGUUGGAUCCCCCGCGAGCCUUCACGCCAACUUAUUACCCAACAGGGUACCUGCCGCCUACGACGAGUGGCCGAGCUCCUGCACGAGGACGGGGCAUGGCGUGUUGACCUGCUCCAUCGCUACUUCCACCCGACAGACAUGGAGGUGAUCUCCAGCAUACGUACUUCGACCCGCGUUACCGACGACAUCAUUGCAUGGGCUCCGGAGAAGAACGGUAUCUUCACCGUUCGAUCCGCUUACCGGUUCGCCAUGGACGAGCGCGAGCGUCCACUGGCCACCGCCACGAGCAGGGCACCGGAUGGUCAUCGCGCCAUCUGGAAGAUCAUAUGGGGGUGCCCUGCUCCCCCUAAGGUGUCCCUUGGCGAAAAGGAGCUGUGGCACGCCAUGGCCAUGGAUUGGUGUAUCCCCAAGGUGGAGGACAUCAUGAACACUGGUCCGGAAUGGCUCUUCACCCUGCUGGACCCCCUUGACGAGGCAACGAGGAUGAUCGUGCUUAUGAUCAUGUGGAGAACCUGGCAUGUCCGGAAUGAGAUCACGCAUGACAAGAAGCCGCCCCCCGCUGAAGCCUCAUGA